GUUUCUCGGUGGCCGCGGCCCCGGCCCUGACCCGGCCGCACGCUCUGAGCUUCGUGUCGGGCGCGCCGCGGGCCAACCACAGCGGGGCGGUGCUGCUGCUGCGGGCGGACAGCGCGAACCGCCUGGUGCCCGAGGCCGUGCUGGCCGGGGAGCAGCUGAGCUCCGCCUUCGGCCACGCGCUGGCGCUGCUCGACCUCAACAGCGACGGGUGCGGCACCCGGGGCACCUACCUGGCCGUGGGCGCCCCUUUUGACGGCGCGGGCAAGGUGUUCAUUUACCACGGCAGCGCCCUGGGCAUCGUCACCCGCCCGGCGCAGGUGCUGGAUGGGGAGGCCGUGGGGGUCUCGGCCUUUGGCUACUCGCUCUCGGGGGGGCUGGACGUGGAUGGGAACCUGUACCCCGACCUGCUGGUGGGGUCCCUGUCGGACACCGUGGUGCUCUACAGGGCGCGGCCGGUGGUUCACGUGUCCCGGGACGUGUCGGUGCUGCCGCCGCUCAUCGACCUGGAGCAGAGCAACUGCCGCGACGGGCCCGGCGUGUGCCUGGAGCUCCGGGCGUGUUUCAGCUUCAGCGAGAGCCUGGCCGGGGACAGCGCCCCCGCCCCGCUGGAGCUGGCGCUGGCGCUGGAGGCGGACUCGGAGCGGCGCCUGCGGGGGCAGCAGCCCCGGGGCUCCUUCCUGGAGCGGGGCCCGGCCGAGCCCGAGCACCGGAUCCGGGCCCGCCUGGAGCUGCCCCGGCCGCGGGAGCGGCGCUGCGUGCCGGCCACCUUCCGCCUGCACGACGACAUCCGGGACAAGCUCCGCCCCAUCGCUGUCACUCUGUCCUUCUCCAUCGCGGGGACAUCGCGGGGGCGCCGGGGGACACGGGGGACACCACGGGGGACACCACGGGGGACACGGGGGACAGCGCUGCCCCCGCUGGAGCCGGCGCUGAGCCCGCGGCAGCCCAGCACGCUGCGCACCGAGGUGCAUUUCCUGCGCCAGGGCUGCGGCGAUGACCGGAUCUGCCAGAGCCACCUGGAGCUGCGGCCGCGCUUCUGCGCCCGCCUUGGGGACAGCGACUUCCUGGCCCUGCCCCGGGACGAGGACGGCACUGCCAUCCUGGCCAUCGGUGACCAGAAGGACGUGGCCCUGGAGCUGCAGGUGACCAACGAGCCCUCGGACCCCGCGCAGCCGCACAGGGACGGGGACGACGCCCACCAGGCCCUGCUGGUGGCAUCGCUGCCCCCCGAGCUGCCCUACGCUGCCAUCCGGGCCGAGGAGAGCGCGGUUCUGUGCUUGGCCAACCCCAACGGCUCCAGGGUGGAGUGCGAGCUGGGGAACCCUCUCAAACGGGGGGCUCAGGUGCGCUUCUUCCUCAUCCUCAGCACCUCGGGCAUCUCCAUCCACACCACCGAGCUGGAGGUGCUGCUGGAGCUCAACACGACCAGCGAGCAGCCGGGGCUGGAGCCGGUGGUCGCCCGCGCCCGCGUGGUCAUCGAGCUGCCCCUGGCCGUCACCGGCGUGGCCGUGCCCCCCCGGCUGUUCUUUGGGGGGCAGGUGCUGGGGGAGAGCGCGGUGAAGAGGGAGAGCCAGGUGGGCAGCGCCGUCCGCUUCGAGGUCACGGUGUCGCAGCGGGGCCCGGCUCUCCGCAGCCCCGGCGCCGCCGCCCUGACCGUGCAGUGGCCGCUGGAGCUGCCCAACGGGAAGUGGCUCCUGUACCCGCUGAGCCUGGAGCUGGGCACCCCCCCCGUGCCCUGCAGCCCCCCGGGCAACCCCCUGCGCCUCGCCCUGGAGCCGCCAGGCCGGGGGGAGCCCCCUGAGGAGCCCCCAGCCCGCUCGUGGUGGGUGCCCGCGGGGAGGAAGAGGAGGAACGUGACCCUGGACUGUGCCCGGGGCACGGCUCGGUGCCGCCCGUUCCGGUGCCCGCUGCCGUCGCUGGAGCGCUCGGAGCUGCGGGCGCGGGGGCGCCUCUGGAACGGGACCUUCCUGGAGGAGUUCCUGGACGUGGAGAACCUGGAGCUGAUCGUGCGCGCCGAGGUCUCGGUGUCCUCCCCCCGCGGCAACGUCGUCAUCAGGGACGCGGUGGCACAGAUGUCGGUGUCCCUGCACCUGGACCCGGGCGUGGCCGUCACCGCGGUGCCCUGGUGGGUGCUGCCGCUGGCGGUGCUGCUGGGGCUGCUGCUGCUGGCGCUGCUCGUGCUGGGGCUCUGGAAGCUGGGGUUUUUCCGGCGGGCGGCGGCGGCCCCGCCCCCGGCCGUGCCGCGGUUCCGGGCCGUGCGCAUCCCGCGGGAGCAGCGGCCCCAGGCCCGCGAGGGCCACACCGGAACCAUCCUGCGGCCGCAGUGGGCGGCCGGACCCACGGACAGGGACGGCGACGGCGCCGCGCCCGGACCCGCCUGACGGACACCGGGACAGACGGACACAGCACGGACACAGGGAUGGACACGGGAUGGACACGGGAGGGACCCACGGACAGGGACGGCGACGGCGCCGCUCCCGGACCCGCCUGACGGACAUGGCAUGGACAGACGGACACAACACGGACACAGGGAUGGACACGGGAUGGACACAGGAGGGACCCACGGACAGGGACAGCGACGGCGCCGCGCCCGGACCCGCCUGACGGACAUGGCAUGGACAGACGGACACAGCACGGACACAGGGAUGGACACGGGAGGGACCCACGGACAGGGACGGCGACGGCGCCGCGCCCGGACCCGCCUGACGGACGCCGGGACAGACGGACACAGCACGGACACAGCAUGGACACAGGGAUGGACACGGGAUGGACACGGGAUGGACCCACGGACAGGGACGGCGACGGCGCCGCUCCCGGACCCGCCUGACGGACGCCGGGACAGACGGACACAGCACGGAUGGACAGACGGACACCCAUGGACGGAUGGACACAGCACGGACACAGGGAUGGACACGGGAUGGACACGGGAGGGACCCACGGACAGGGACGGCGACGGCGCCGCGCCCGGACCCGCCUGACGGACAGGGCAUGGACAGACGGACACGGCACGGAUGGACAGAUGGGCACGGCUGGAGAGACGGACAUGGCUGGAUAGAAGGACACGGCCGGACAGACGGACACGGCACAGACGGACAGAUGGAGACACGUCACAGACAGACGGACAUGGGACGGAUGGACACAGCAUGGAUGGACAGAUGGACGCAGCUGGACAGACAGACACGGCACAGAUGGACAGAUGGACACAGCUGGACAGACGGGCAUGGCACAGAUGGACAGAUGGACACAGCACAGACACGGGGAUGGACAUGGCAUGGACAGAUAGAGACAGCUGGACAGACAGACACGGCACGGAUGGACAGACGGACACGGCAUGGACAUGGGGAUGGACACAGCUGGACAGACGGACAUGGGAGGGACAGGGAUGGGGACAGCACUGCGCCAGGACCUGCCCGACCAACACCGACAGACAGAUGGACAUGGCACAGACACAUGGACACAGCACAGAUGGACACGGACAGACAGAUGGACAUGGGGAUGGACAUGGGGAUGGACAUGGCAUGAGCACAGCGUGGACAAAUGGACACAGGAAUGGACAGGGGACAUGGACAGAUGGACACGGGGAUGGACACAGCUGGACAGAUGGACACAGGACAGGGAUGGGCUGCAGACACCUGGACCCACAUGAGGGACAUCUGGGGUGGACACGGGGUGGACUCAGGACAUGGGAUAAGGGACACCGGACACGGGACAGAGGACAGGGGACACCGGACAGGGGACGGUCCCUGGUGUGCCCUGGGAAGGCCCCAUGGAGGCCCCGCCAUGUCCUGGAGCUCCAGGACGGGCAGUGGCCGGACAGAGCCACGGCCUCAGGGGUCAGUUCGGCCCCGGAGGUCAUUUUGUCCCCAUGGGUCACUUUUUGUCCCCAAUAAAAUGCGCUGACCCCACA